ACUUGCCUUUACCCUUUUCGAUGAUUCCUCCAAGAACCUCGUCUGAUGCUGAAAAGCUCCUCUUUUUGGCUCUCUCCGUUUUCACCAUCAUCUCAACCUUCAGGGAUGGCCCUCGCAUCGCAGUGGCACAGAGCAGUAACAACAACAAUGCCCAAACGAUCCCAGUGAACGUUGGGGUGAUUCUUGACCUGGAGACGUGGAUGGGUCAGAUGGGGUUGAGCUGCAUUAACAUGUCUCUCUCUGACUUCUAUAGUUCAAACCCUUCCUACAAGACCAGGCUUGUCCUCAACGUUAGAGACUCCAAACAAGAUGUGAUUGCUGCUGCUGCUGCAGCACUUGAUUUGAUAAAGAAUAAGCAAGUCCAAGCCAUAAUAGGCCCUCAAGGUUCAGUACAAGCAGACUUCAUCAUUGACCUUGGAAACAAAUCUCAUGUGCCCAUCAUCUCUUUUUCCGCUACUAGUCCGUCCCUCAGUUCGAUUCGGAGUCCAUGCUUCAUUCGAGCCGCACAAAAUGACUCGUCCCAAGUGAAUGCCAUAAGCGCGGUCGUGCAAGCCUUUGGCUGGAAAGAAGCUGUCCUCAUAUAUGUGGAGAACGAGUUCGGAGAAGGCGUCAUACCUUCUCUUACUGAUGCUUUGGAAGAAGUCGACACGCGAGUGUCCUAUAGGAGCCUCAUACCUCCUUCGGCCACGGACGAUCAAAUCCUACGAGAACUCUACAAGUUAAAGACGAUGCAAACGAGGGUCUUCAUCGUGCACAUGUCAACUAUCCUUGGUUCUCGACUAUUUGCCAAAGCAAAAGAGAUAGGAAUGAUGAGCGAAGGUUAUGUGUGGAUCUUGACUAAUGGAAUUACUGACCGAUUGAAUUCGAUGGAUUCGUCUGUUGUCACCGGUUCGAUGCAAGGAGUGCUGGGCAUCAAGACUUAUGUCCCGGACACGCAAAACCUAGACAACUUUACGGUACGAUGGAAGGUGAAAUUCCAAAAAGACAACCCAUCCGUCCUUAAUCCUAAGUUGAACAUUUUCGGAUACUGGGCUUAUGACGCUGCUUGGGCUCUGGCAAUGGCUAUCGAGGAAAUGGGUGCUGUAAAUUUUACCUUCCAAGCGUUAAAUGCUUCGACAAAUGCGACGGAUCUUGACACUAUUGGGGUCUCUCAAAAUGGUCAGAAACUUCUCCAAAAACUAGCCGACACGACAUUCGCAGGCCUCACUGGAAAUUUUAGCCUCGUCAAUGGGCAGCUAGAGUCGUUAGCAUUCCAGAUUGUUAAUAUCAACGGAAAUGCAGCAAGACGGAUUGGGUUUUGGACGCAAGAAAAUGGGCUACUAAGAGAUUUGAAUUCAUCCAACAUAGGCAAAUAUUCCACUUCGAAGAGUAAUCUCGGAUCAAUAAUAUGGCCAGGAGAUUCGACCUCUUUUCCUAGGGGAUGGGAGAUUCCAACGAGUGGGAAGAAGUUAAAAAUCUUAGUUCCCGUAAAGAAUGGUUUCAAACAAUUCGUGACGGUGACUCAUGUACCUAGCACAAACACAUACAGCGUUACUGGAUACUGUAUUGACAUCUUUCGAGCCGUGAUAAAAAAAUUGCCUUAUGAUGUGGUUUAUGAACUUAUUCCAUUUGCCUUGCCAAAUGGAAGUAGCAAUGGCAGUUAUGAUGACAUGAUUGAUCAAGUAUAUAACCAGAACUAUGAUGCAGUGGUGGGGGAUACAACGAUCAUUGCGAACAGAUCAUCGUACGUAGAAUUCACCUUACCAUACACCCAAUCCGGUGUUUCGAUGCUCGUGCCAUACAAGGACAACAAGAGCAAGAAUGCUUGGGUUUUCUUGAAGCCCCUCACCUGGGACCUUUGGCUAACAACCGGAUGCUUCUUUGUGUUUAUGGCAUUGGUCGUGUGGAUUCUCGAACAUCAAAUCAACGAAGAUUUCAGGGGUCCAGCAGCACACCAAGUUGGCACGAGCUUCUGGUUCUCGUUUUCAACCAUGGUCUUUGCACAGAGGGAGAGUGUAUCAAGCAAUCUAGCAACAUUUGUUGUGAUAGUGUGGGUUUUUGUGGUACUUAUACUAACGCAAAGUUAUACUGCAAGUUUGAGCUCUCUUUUGGUGGUGCAAAAUCUUCAACCAACUAUAGCUGAUGUGGAUCAGCUCCUAAAGAGUGGAGAAAAAGUGGGAUACCAGGAUGGCUCUUUUGUUCUCGAAAUGCUAAAGCAAAUGAAGUUUGAUGAUUCUAGACUUAUAUCUUAUCAGUCUUCCAAAGAAUGUGAUGCGCUUCUUUCCAAUGGAAGUGCAAAGGGGGGGAUUGCAGCAGCAUUCGAUGAAGUCCCCUACAUUAAACUAUAUUGCAACAAAUAUACUAUGAUCCCGACCUUUAAAACUGCUGGAUUUGGCUUUGUUUUCCCUAAAGGGUCUCCGCUAGUGUCGGAUAUUUCGAAAGCAAUCCUCAACGUAACUGAAGGGCCUGAAAUGCCGGAAAUCGAAAACAGGUGGCUUACAUCAAAAACCAGCUGCCUUAAUUCGACUAACUCAAUUUCUUCUAGCAGCUUGAGUCUUGAUAGUUUCCGGGGCCUAUUCUUGAUUGCUGGAGCUGCUGCUGUUUUAGCUCUCCUCAUUUUCAUGGUCAGGUUCUUCAAAAGAAAUUGGCAUGUCGUUACAAGUUCCUCAGGUACAAUGCGGGAGAGAAUUGUUGCAUUGGGAAGAAGAUUUCAUCAAAGAGACCUCAACUCCCAUACUUUUAGGAAAGCUAGAUUUAGAGAUAGAAAUAUGGAAGAUGGUGCCAAUGAGAUUGCAGCUGUUGAAAUUAUAGAACAUACCAACUUCCCCCCGCGUCUGUCAAGCGACUCCAGCAAAAUUGACGUUGUCUUAAUCAAUGAGCAGGGGGCACCAUCUGCAGGGCAAGGACUUCCUAAUCAUGUAGUCGAAGGGUGCCCCGAGAUAACAAUAAACGUCGAGCGUACCAAUGUAAAUUAAGAGACGUAGAUACCUCAAGAACCGUAGAUACUAGACUUUAAUCCUUGACUAGUUGAAUUCGAUACUUCUAGAUUACAAUAUCUUCCCUCUCACUCUCUUCUCAUGUAAUGAAUGCCAUUGAAACUGCUUGUUGUCUAAUCUCAGACAGUAUAGACGAAAGACAGAUGCUUUUCAUUCAGCAGAGCCAAGUUAUUCA